ACCUAGCUGCAGCGACGGAAGUGCACGCUAGAAGCGGUGCGCAUGUCGUUUUGCCCACCCGUCAGGAAGAAGACAGUCUAACGGUUGAUUUGUGGGUCGAUUAGGCGAACCAAACAGCUUCUGUUUGAGCCAUUAUCCUCUGCGUGCCAGAAAGAGAAAAAGCGCUUGACAUCGAACAAGGUCUGGCACAGUUCUGCAAAGGUGUUUGAGGGUCAGAGACAUCGGCUGCUGACGGUAAAUCAGCAUUGGACUGAUUCGCUCAGCUUCUGCGCCGAAAUUAGGUUUUCUGUCUUGCGCGCAGCUGCUCGGAACGGGAGAGAAAGAGAAGGCUUGUAGAUGUACCGUUGUAGCUUGUAGCGGGGAAGGAAAGAGCCGUUGCAAAAGACUUUGAUCCUUGCUACAACAAUUAGGACGCUUUGGCGCUGAACUGCAGUGCAGUGUUGUGUAAAUUAACUAGCAAGCAGCCGUCCACCAAAACUCACAGUUUAGACCGACUCGAGCUCCGCUACUAGCGUCCUGAAAGGGUGAAGGUGAGAGCUACCGACGAGCUGCAAGGAUCAUUUCCGUGAUUCGUUACCUUCGCGCAGAGAGCCGUGCUGUGGUGUCAGUGCGCUACUUCGCCGAUAGCAUUGCAGAGAUUUAGCGAGCGGAACGAGAGGAACGAGUCAGGUGUGCUGGCUAGGUACCUCUGGAACUGACGUAUUUCGUGCUGAAGUGGUCACUUGUGAGUUUGGAGUGCUUCUGUAUCGCCAUUGGGUGCUGCACGUUCUCUGCGUGAGUGUUCGACCACUACUGGGUGCUAGUGGCACUAGGGAUAUCAACGACUUCGCUACUCCACGGGUGUAGAGUUAGUGACCACCCUGCUGAACAGCUCAGGAUACUCUACAAGCAGCAGCAUUGCCCUGGGACCUGUCAGUACUGAGAUACUGGAGUGGAUGUGCGCUAGAGUGAGUGGAUGUGCGCUAGAGUGAUACUUUGCAGGGUCUCAAUUCCCCAUCUCAAGUGGAUCGGCCAUCUUCUCCCAGCGGAUGAGUACGCAUUACUUCAUACUGUAACUGCACUGAAAACUAUCUAGGCUCAGUACGCUGUAUAUCCAGCAAAGCCAUCAGAAAAUAUCGUUGGACCAAAUUUCAGUUAGACAAAUUUCUUCAACUGUCAUUUUCAAACUGAACUGAACCCAUUCCCGGUCUUCAACGGUCAAUGAGCAGUUUGAAAUUUUCCUCCUCCUCCUCACCCUCGUCCAAGAAAGAAGGCUUCCAAGUCCGCCCAUCAAGAUGCCUCGUUCAAGCAAGAUCCACCCAAUGCCUGCACAUUGCCCCACAUCAUCAUCAUCAUUGUCAUUAUAUCCCAGCGUUUUCAGCAGCUGGGAAGAUGUGGCCAUGGCCGGCCAGCAACUCACCUACGAGCAGCAAGACAUCGUUCAGUCUUCUUGGCAAGCGCUCUCACAGGACCUUGAAGGUUUCGGCUGUCAAGUCCUCAACAGACUGGAGCAGCUGUCACCCGAGGCGUACAGCGCGUACACAAUGGAAGCUCCGAUCAGCGACGUAACCAGUGACUACGCUUCCAGCAUCCCUAGCAACGGCGCCAUGGCAACCAGCACCAGCUACUCGUUUCUCCAGCAGCCGUGCGGCAUCGCGUCGUUCCGUUGCCACGCCAAGCGCACCAUGGAGACGUACGGCAUGGUUGUGUUUGGACUGGAGGACAUGGAGGCGGUGUAUCCGCUGCUCAAGUCCACCGGGCGACGUUUGGCCAGACGAGGCGUUCUUGCUCAACACGCUCAUGCAUUGUCGCUAAGCAUGCUGGGAAUGCUGGAGCAGGUGUUUGUGACCGAGUGGUGCACGCCGUGGCAGAGUGCCUGGUCAUCUCUGACAGCGCUGGUUGAGUACGGCCACCUGGCCGGAAUGCAUCAUGAGCGCUCCUCGUCCAUGGCUGCGCCGUCCGCAACACAGCCGUUGCAUCUACCUCUCUGUCCAGACCUCGUACCCGACCAGCGCAAUCUUUCGUCACCGUCUGCCGGAUCAUGGUCUGCAUCGUCAGCCGGCUCCUCUUUCUCUCUCUCCCCGCAGAGUCUCUCUUCUUCUUCCACUUCCUCUUCGUCUUCAUCGGCGCGAUUAUCAACCAGCGCAUUCUCUUGCGGCAGCGAUGACUCAUCACCACCCAAGUGCCCGUCAUCGCGAGACCUCAGCUGGGCUACGUCGCGGGCGUCCGUGCACGCCUGGGCACCGGCCGACGACCUAGUGCUGCCCUCGCGCCCAGCCCGUCAGCAGAACUGGUGCAUCAACAUACCGGCGCUGCUGCGCUCCAGCAAGAAGCACCGUCGCCGUAGCGACCCCAUUCCGUCCAGCAAGACAACGGCCGGUAGCAGUAGCAGUAGCAGUGGUGGCAGCAAGCAUUCGACCAUGCCCAAGUGGCUGGCUAGGUCUCCCAUGCUGCGCUCCAAGUUCAGCCAUGACCACACGGCGGAGUCAGGCACUAACACCUUGCCUGCUGCACGUCACAGCACCGAGGUAGGCGGACAACAGCAGGCCGGUAGGAGAUCAUCAACACUGAGAUAUGCACCUCGUCGUUGAUCUGUAACAGCCUUGCUACGCUGUUGUCCACCACCAGCUUCCAAGCACUUCUUCAUCACUGCAUACGCAGAACUACACUUGGAGUGCAUGGUGUGUCCCAGUCCCAAGCAGUGCCUAACUUAGUUGCUAUGCAUGUGUGGACUAUUACUGGCGUGGGUAUUAGUACGCGUGCUGCUGGGUAGAACCGGUUGCCUUGAUGUGUCACUUUGCGCUUGCCUUGAUGUCGUGACUACCCGCCUAACCAGAACCUGUGAAUGUCUAACGGCACAUGUGUAUGUGUGUGUGUAUGUGAGGUUGAUUGAUGUGUGUAUGUGCGUGCGUGCUAAUUUGUUAACACCUAAUUCUGGCCUCUGUUUCCCAUGCUGUGAGGCUGUAGUAUAUGCACCAGGGUCUGUGUUGCUGCAUGCUCAGCAUGAUUUUGCCUUACAUUUCUUUUUGUUCUGAGCAUAACAUUUGAUGAUGUUGCCGAGUGCAGGGUGUGAUCUUCUUCUGGUGCACGUCGUAACAAGCUGAUCAUGCUAACCUUUGAUUAUGUGAAGUUUUGAAGACACAUAAACACUUGAGUCCUGACCUUAUAAUCACAACUAAUUUUGUUUGUUUGCUCUGGA